UGCCAGCGAAGCAAGCCACCCGGAUGCAGGCGACGCAGCCGCUCAUUUUUCUGCUGCGCGGGGAUGUGGGAGAAAAGUGCGGCAACAACCUACCUACUCUCCAAUAUCAUAGGAGUAGCCUUACCAGGUGCAGUACAUACAGCACAACAGGGAUGCAGCCCGCGACCAACUCAGAUUGACUCAAUACCCCUUGCCAUCACUUACAUCAGAACCCUGUCAUUAGUUGCCCCGUUGGAAAGUGCGAAUACUACACGUACACUUACAUACGUUGUAUAGGACAGUCAUCCGCACGCAUGUACUAUGUAAAUAAAGACCCUGCAGUUGAGCGGGGAGCACUAGCAAAGACUUGGCAAAGCCCUUACUACACUAUACGGAUGGGUAUAUUUAUAUUUAUCGCGAGGUCGUCUACGAGUAUGCGGGCAGGGGCUCCAGGCUGCCAAUUUCUUUUUUGACAGGUGGAGCAUGGAGAACACCACCGAACGCGAGAGCG